AUGGCUCCUACUGUUUAUCUCGUCUCUGGAGCUAACCGUGGCAUUGGCUUCGGUAUCGUCAAAUCGCUUUUAGACCGCCCUGACGUCAUUGUCUUUGCGGGCGUUCGCAAACCGGCUGGUGCUAGCGACCUCCUUUCUCUUCAGUCCAACCAUUCCGAAAAGCUCCACAUUCUACCUCUGACUUCUGCCUACCGAUCUGAUAACCUCGCCGCUGUCUCGGAGAUCCAACGCAUAGCAGGAAAGCUCGAUGUCGUCAUCGCCAAUGCUGGCAUCGCCAACUUCUGGGGUAGUAUUCUAGAAACCCCGGAUGCGGCGAUGCGCGAGCAUUAUGAAGUCAACGUGAUUGGGGCUACGGUGCUUUUCCAGUCCGUUUGGCCACUGCUCAAGCUUUCGACAAAGCCGGAAUUCGCUAUCAUCUCUUCGGUCGCAGGUAGUAUUGCUGCAGGAGCUUCCCUUCCAGCCGGCUUUUUUGCCUAUGGUGCCAGCAAGGCUGCUGUGGACUAUCUGGCGAUGAAACUGCAUUCUGAGCACCCAGAGCUGGUGUCCGUCCUCAUCCACCCCGGCCCCGUGGCAACUGACAUGGGUGCAAAUGCCCACAAAGAAGACCCAUUCGUCCGCGAGUCCAUGCCCCUCAUCAGCGUGGACGAAAGCGUGACUGGCAUAUUGAAUGUUGUCGAUAAUGCCAAGCGCGAGCCAGACGGACCGAAGAUGAUAGGGCAUGAUGGUGUUGUUUGGCCAUGGUGAUUGACGAAUUGUACUUGAAAUCGCGGUGUUAUUGUCCAUGGCCCCUGAAAAUUG